UUUAAUUUAUAUUUAAAUUGAUUUAUAUAAAUAUACAAUUGAAUUGAAUAAUUCCUUUUAUACAUACGCAUUAUUAUUGCGAAUGACAAUUAGGUUAUUAUAUCACAUGGCAAUAAACAACAAUGAAGUUUUUUAAAAAUUUUUAAAACAUGACAGAAACAUGAAAUGAUGAGAGUCAUUAAUUGUUAUUUUAUUAUAAAAAAUGGAUCGAGAUAUUGUUCGAGCUAUUUUAUGUAGUAGUGAAAAAUUCACGGAAUCAUUAUUAGAUGGUGGAAAAAUCGAAGAGUUAGUCAACCGAGUACCAGCAAUUGAUUCUGUUAUUACUGAAGGAUUAGCAAUAUCAUUUACUGAUUUAAUUGCAUUCAAAGUAUCUUCAGAAGCUCAUCAAAAAUAUGCUGCUCGCAUCCGAGUAAUUGAUACGCUUCGAGAAUGGGUAAGACCGCCUAUGGGCUUAGCUAUUUAUCCAACAUUCUGCCAAAGUAACAGAGUUUCUAAAUUAUGCAAUAAUAUUCUCAAAAAAUAUUCACGCUAUCCUCAUCAGUUUUUAAAUAAUAAUAUUUCGCCUAGUCACUUGAUUACAUUAUUUAGGAGUUUAAUCAAUUUAUCAACUUCCAACUCUUCAUAUAAUUAUCACUUAAAAAAAAUGAUUAAACAUAUUAUUGAAUCAGAUAUUAUUCAUGAUAGUUAUGAUCUUGUAGAAUUAAUAUUACAUCAUGAACAAGAACUGAAAUUAGAAUUCACUGCUAUAGAAAAAUUAUAUCUUGCUCAAAGUGAAAAAUUAAUAGAAGAACCUUUGAUCGACUGUUUUUGUGAAAAUUUAAAAAAAUAUCAUAGUUUAAAUCAUGACGAAAAGUUGAAGAAUGUACAUAACGAACAAUUAGUCAAUGAAUUUUUUUGUAAAACUUCGACAUUCGAUAGUUUAAUAACAAAAAUAUCCCAAUCUUCAAUAUUAUUUCAAAGAGCUUGUGGUAUAUUGAUAGCAAUUUUUAAGCAUUGUAAAUAUUCAUUUUUAGUUUCGAGUUAUGUACAAUUUAUCCUUAAUGCGAUUUCGUGCAAUCAAUCAGACAGAAAAAAAUAUUUAGUUGAUUUAUAUCCUAUAAAAUUUCAAUUUUGUAUAUUUUUAUUGAAAAUUGAUCCCAACAAUCAUACUCCGAAAACGAAAGACUUUAUUUUACAUUUUUUAGAAGAUAUAUACACUAAUAACAAGGAAAAAGUGUUAAUGCUUAUGCUACACUUUCCAAAAUGGGUAAACGAAUUAUCUGUCUAUUUAAAUAGUAGAAUAGAUAUUUUAUAUUGAGAUAUUUAUGUAAAUAAUAAUAAAUUAAACAAAAUGAAAGUAAAAUGGUGUGGGAUAAAAUGUUUGGAGAUCAUGGAAUCAUUAACUUAUUUUUUUAUUUCCACCCAAUUUCAAAUACAUUGUAUGUAUGAAUAAAUGAAUAUACAUAUGUACCUACGUAGACCCAUUUAUUCAGCAUGAAAAAAUGGGGCAAUAAUGUCUAUCAAUGAGUUUUUUUUAAUAACAUGGCAGUGAUGUGUUUUUUACUUAUUUCUUCAUCCAUGUUAUUUUCAUAUUGAAUCUAGUCUGUUAAUUAGAGACUUCAUUUAUUAAUAAUUAUCUUCUUUCCUAAAAAUUCAUACUGAAUUAUUGUAAUCAUGCACCGCCGUGUAUAUAA